AGCAAAGACCUCUUUGUUCUGGCUUCUGCAAAGGUCACCACGAUAUGGGUUCUCCCAAGAAUCCAGAGUCCGAAAGGACUAUGCGGCCAUCAACUCCCACCCGUAUUACUACGAUUUAUCCCAGCCCUCCUCCCACACCCAUUGCGCCUGGCAAGGCAGCCGUCUUGAACCGAGAAGAAAAGCUCAACAGGGCCGCAACCCCUCCCGGCGAGAAUGACGACCAGGCCAGAACAGGCACCCUGAACUCUUCUCAAAAGGAAGAGGAUCCAAUACCAGAGUCAGCUGAACUACCCCCAUGGCCAACCCCCACGAGCAUGGAGGAGUUUAUCAACUCGAUGCUCAGAGAGAGUACCUGCGGGGGCUGGACAACAAACAAUACGCCAUGUAAAAGAUCGCGCCGACCUGUGGCCAGAUCUGUGGUUAAUGAGGGGGUCAUAUCCUUGCGGAGCCUGCCCCCGUCCUGUUCCCAUUCAAAAAUGGUAGAAUCAUUGAAGAAGCUUGCGUUGUUGCUUCAUUGUUCCAUGCACAGGAGCGAAAGGUCGGUCAAUACUCGGGUAGAGGCCUGGCUGACUGAGUAUUUUCUUCGUCCCGGUGACACCACAGCCCUGCUCAGAAAGGCAUUGCAAAAGUACGGUACCAAGUGCAAUGGGACGAAAGAUGACACAAGGCCAUGUCAAGAAAGUAUUGGGGGAAGACAGGUUCUGGCAAUACAGUUGAUCACAGACAGAAUCUUGGAGCCCGAGGUCUACCUUCACGACGGAAGGUUGAAAGUAUGGCUGAAAAGACUCGGCCAGAACACUCUUUGUUCCCAGCAUAGAGACGAACAGCUCCAAGAGCAAGUGGCUAAGCUGACUGCAGCUGUUACAAUCGCGCGAGGCUCGCAGUUAUUGACAGAAAUAACCAAAGGUAUUUCUGAGAACCAGCACGAAACAGAAGAGCCAUGGCAAGCCCCAGGUCACGAUACCUCUCCUCUCCACCUUGUUGCAGAUCUCAAUUCGGGUAGCCAAGGCUGCAAGCCGGACAGUAAUUAUCUCCAAACGAUCAGCGACUGUUUAAUUCCGCGGAAUUACAAGCCAGGUUAUGUCUACGCUUAUACCGUGGAUGCAAAUGAAGCAUUCAUCAAAAUUGGCUACACCACCCGCGAGGUCUCCGUCAGGCAUGCAGAGUGGGAAUUCGAAUGCAACCGGAAGAUCAAAAGUCUUUACCCUGAUCCGGCUGCCACCGGCGUGCCAAUUCUUGAUCCCCGGCUCAUUGAGAGCAUCUGCCAUGCAGAUCUGCGGAAAGGAAGUGUUCGAGUGGACUGCAGCGCUUGUCAAAAAGAACACGUGGAAUGGUUCAAGAUUUCUGCGCAGAGGGCAAUCGAUACCAUUGAAAAGUGGUCUCAGUGGAUGGCUCGGGUGGCCUGUCGGCCCAGCUGGAAGAAUGAAGUAAAGGUGAGGGUGCGCGGUACUUCAGACCUUGCAGAAGCAUUGCACGCAUUGAUGCAGCUUUGCCCAGCUACUUGCAAGUAAAAGCAGUUGACAGUCUGCAUUGAUUAUCAUUGCUUUUGAGCCAGCUUUGCCGCUUUCUUGGUGUAUUCCUUGUGGUUUUGAUUUAUCUGAUGUUGUAAGCUUGGUUCUGUAUUUUCUAUUCUAGAAUAAACAC